AUGCAAAUAAUCCCACAUAUUGGCUUGUCCACUACAGACAUUUUAACGAUGGUGGGAUCGGCGGUUCAGAAAUCGGCAUUACUGCUAUGUGGAGAUUACAUGGAAGCCUAUGAGACGAUGGUCCCUCUCUAUGUCCUCCAAUCGUUUGGCGUUAGCGUUCACUGCGUUUCACCCAACCGCAUCGCCGGCGAUCGCUGCGUUAUGGCGGCCCACGAUUUCUUGGGCCUCGAGCUAUACACCGAGCUGGACGUUGACCAGUUGACUCUAAACGCCAACUUCGAUGACGUCACCCCGGAGAAUUACGACGUCAUCAUCAUCCCCGGCGGACGUUUCACGGAGGUUCUCAGCGCCGACGAGAAAUGCGUCGACCUCGUGGCUCGAUUCGCCGAGUGCAAGAAGCUGAUCUUCACCAGCUGCCACAGCCAGGUUAUGCUGAUGGCUGCCGGACUCCUCGCCGACGGUGUGAAAUGCACUGCCUUUGAAAGCAUAAAGCCUCUGAUCGAGCUCUCCGGCGGCGCGUGGUGGCAACAGCCCGGGAUCCAGAGCAUGUUCGACAUCACCGAUUGCGUUAAGGACGGGAAUUUUGACUAUGUAGAAGAUUAUGGGAUCAAUGUACCAUUUAGAGCACUCCAAGCUUUAGGAUGUAAAGUGGAUGCAGUGACACCGAACAAGAAGAAGGGAGAGAUGUGUGCAACUGCGGUUUAUGAUCUUGAAGAAGGAAGGCAGCUUCCUGCAGAGAAGCGAGGACACAACUUCUUUGUGACUGCGUCGUGGGACGAUGUAUGCGUUGAUGAUUAUGACUGUGUUGUCGUCCCGGGAGGGAGAUCACCUGAGCUACUGGUGAUGAAUGAAAAGGCUGUUGCUUUGGUUAACAAUUUUGCGGAGAAAGAUAAGAUCUUUGCAGCUAUUGGACAGGGUAAAUUGCUUCUUGCAGCCACCGGUGUUCUGAAGGGGAAGAGAUGCGCGAGUGGCAAGGGGAUGAAGGUGAUGGUGAAGGUCGCUGGAGGUGAAGCUGUUGAGUCAGAGGGAUGUGUGACUGAUGGGAAGCUCGUGACCGCUGCAUCAGUCUCUGAUCUGCCUCCCUUUGUGUCUGAUUUAUCAACUGCUCUUGGUUUCUCUGUCAUGUUCUAA